AUGACUGGAAGUUUGCUAUAUCUUACAGCUAGAAGACCAGAUAUCACGUUUGCGGUAGGUGUAUGUGCAAGGUAUCAACUUGAGCCAAAAACCAAUCACAUCAAUCAAAUAAAAAUAAUUUUUAAGUACAUUAAUAGUACAAGUGACUACGGGAUAUUGUACUAUCAUGGUUCAUGUUCUAUGCUUAUAGGGUAUUAUUAUACAGAUUGGGCUGGUAGUGCUGAUGAUAGAAAAAGAACACCUGGUGGAUGUUUCUUUUUGGUUAACAAUCUAAUUUCCUGGUUUAGUAAGAAACAAAACAAUGUCUCUCUGUCUAUUGCUAAAGCUAAGUAUAUUGUAGCUGGAAGUAGCUGUUCACAACUGAUGUGGAUGAAACAAAGGUUGAAGGAAUAUAAUGUUGAACAAGAUGUCAUGACAUUAUAUUGUGACAAUCUUAGUGCUAUCAAUAUUUUAAAGAAUCCUAUUCAACACAUCUGGACCAAGCUUAUUGACAUUCGUCAUCAUUUUAUCAGAGAUAUGGUUGAUGAUAAAGUAAUCACUCUAUAG